UCUUUAUUUAAUCGAUUAACAAGUGUCAUACAGGUAUUCGGUAUUUUGUUAAACAAAAGGGAAUAUACAUUAGUUUUGCUAACGAAUGCUCUGCAUUUUGUUAAGUUUACAAUAAUUGUUUUAAAUUCGCCAGUGUGAAAAUCGAAAAUUUUUACGUCUUCCUGGGAAAUUGUUUAUAAAAUGGAUCGAAGUAAAGGUGGUAACAAUUCCAGAGGUCAGAAAAAGUCAUCUGGACCUAUGGGAAAUGAAUUUUUCGCAUUAGGCGCGAAAACCAGUCGGGAGGAUACUAAAAAGAUAUCUUCAUGUAAAGGAAACACAAUGGUUUCUGAUCGUAAGCGUGAAGCCACUACUGGCGUUGUGAACGUAAGCAAAAAAGCCAAAAUAAUGCGUUUUGAAGAAUCAUCGGGCUUCACAAUACACGAAUUAUGGGACCAAUUUGCAAUUGAUUGUGAAAACACGGAUCUGUUUAUUGCAAUAAAGGAGAAUUUCGAUCAGUUUGAUGAACAUUUUUUGCGCAUUAUAUGUGGAUCAGUAAAACAACUUAUGGAACCAUAUUCUCGCAAUAAAAUUGAUUACGUACUUUAUUUUGGUCUAUUCUAUCUUGCUAAACUAAGACCACAUAUUUUUAAGAAAGAUGUCAUUAGCGCUGGUCUUCUUUAUAUAUUGCGUAGAGAUGUAAAUAUUAAAUUGAAACAAAGUUCCAAUUCUCAAGCAAUUGCAUCUAACUUAUUAACCAAAGCAUACUAUGAUAAAAACAACUGGCCGGAACAUUUAAUUCGUAUUUACAUAGAAGAUGCCAUUAAUGAACGAAUAUGGGCCGAUAAUGAUUUUUGUAUGCCAUAUAUAAAAAAUAUCUGUUAUGUUUUUAACACAAAAAUUCCCCCAAACAACACAAUGCAACUUGAAACACCAGUAUUUGGAGGGUCUGUAGGGCAACAAUACCGAGAAAUGCAAUUAUGUUUAGAGGAUGAUUCAGGUGACGGAAGUUCUAACACUAUUGAAUCUAUUGGCUUUGGUAUUGAUACAGAUUCUUCUUAUUUAAUUUUCAAUCGUUUCUCUGAUAUUGAAAAUACGGUUGAAAAAAUUGUAGUCGAUGCAAUAAAAGAACAGCUAAAUAAGAGACAACAAACAGAUUGGUAUACACGAAACUUUUUAAAGUUUUUAUGUUCUACAGCCGGUUUAGCCGAGGUUCGUUAUCUUUGUAUAACUCGACUAGAAUUAUGGAUCCAUAAUGGCAAACUUGUAAAAUAUGCCCAGCAACUUUUAUACUACAUAUGUUAUAAUAUUAAAGAAAAUCAUAUAAAGGACCACGAAGUAUUGGCAAUACUUGUCAAAAUUAGAUUAAAAACUAAACCGUCAUUAAAUUUUUUUAUGUUUUGUAUAAAAGAAAUGAUAACGCAACAACCUAACGUUCUCAGAUUAAUAUUAAAGCUAGUAGUUCAGAAUGAACUAUCAAAUACAAGGAAUCCGAAUAAUAUGGGAAUGCUUGCUACAAUGUUUCAAACAUCACCUGAGGAGUCCUCCCAUUAUCUUGCCGAAAUCUAUAAAGAAUUUUUAUUACAACGAGAAGAUUGUUUACGCACAUUAAGAGUAUUUUUACGUGAAUUGGUGCGUGUGCUUCGCUAUGAUAUGAAUAUUGUAAAGUUCUGCAAAUCAAUUAUGAAUACUACAAGAGUUGAUUUGAUAGAGCAAGUUGAGCAUUCUGAGUUCAAAGAAAGAAUUUUUCAUUCCAUGGUUGAUAUCAUUUGCCUUUGUAUGCUGUUAUCGGUUUCACCACAAAUUCGAGAAGCCUGCAUUUUAUUACGCUCAAACAAAGAAAUAAAAAAUAAUCCAUUACUACUGAACUUUUAUACGCAAAUGUCUCAAAUUCAAUUGGAAGCAGUCUCUUGGAUGUACGAAACGGUUCCAAAUCUUUUCAAAAUACAAAGUUCGGAAUAUAGCCAAGCACUCCACAAAAUUUUACUUUUGGAUAGUCCAGAGCAAUAUUCACGAUGUGAUCAAUGGCCGUCAGAACCAGAGAGAGGGACACUUUUAAGAAUUGUUUCAGAAACACCAGUCCUUGAAGAUACACUUCUACGAAUUAUUCUUGUAGGCAUUACUAAAGAUAUACCUUUGACAAUACCGGAAACUAUAGAUAUCAUAAUGAUGGUCAUUAAGAGAGCUUCAUCAAUGAGAAUUCCUAAUUAUCCAGCAGUGCAAGCCAAUAAGUAUGAUGUCAUCGAUUUCCUUUUCAACAUGGUGGAAUAUCAUUACCCGGAAAAUAUAAAUUUACCAAUAGAUUAUGUUCCACCAAAGCUAGCUAUUACUAUUUUAUAUUGGAAAGCGUGGAUUAUAAUGCUAAUGAUCUCUGCUCAUAAUCCUUCUACUUUCGGAGCAUUUUGUUGGAAGCAUUAUCCUACUAUGAAGGCUUUAAUUGAGAUGUGUAUCACGAAUCAAUUUGGUGAGCAGAGCCCUGGAAAAGAGGAACUUCAGUUGGUUUCAUUGGAAAAAGCACAGAUACUUCAGUUGGAAUCAUAUUUGGCGGCACAAACAUCACAAGCUAUUAUAACUGAGGAAAACGCAAUACUAAUAUCACAGUUAAUGCUAAUGGACCCAAUGGGACCAGUUCGAAGAAUUCCGCAUAACAUUUUGGAACAAGUGAAAGGACUAAAUAAGAGUUUAAAAUUGGGAUACCUACUAUGUCGCUGCCGUAGGCCCGAUUUACUGCUUGACAUAAUUCAACGACAAGGUACAACGAAGUCUAUGCCUUGGCUUUCAGAUCUGGUACAGAGCAGUGAAGGUGACUUCAGUCACCUUCCGGUACAAUGUUUAUGUGAGUUCCUGUUAUUUAAUACCAAUGCAAUUAAUGAAGAAAAUACACGGGAUGUAGAGUUGGUUUGUUAUUUAAGGAAUCUUGUAAUGGAAGAGGAGUGUCAGAAAAGAACUGUCUGUGAAGUUUUAGAUUACAUUUUUCGCAGAUUGUCUUCAACAGUUAAACAAUCGCGCAACGCUGCAAUUUGCGGUCUCAAAAUAAUUUUCAAAGAUAACACUGAUCAAAAUGAUUGGUUAUUAAAAUCAAUUCCACAGAUUCCAUGUUUUAAAGAUGCGCUAUCUUUUAUGAUACCACAACUAAGAUCUGCAUGCCAAGUUGAAAAUUCACCUCUAUUGGUAAUGUCUUAUAUCCAGUUUGUAGCUGCGCAUACCAUUAACGAUGGAGUAAUUGAUAUGCUCGACCAUGUCAUUGACAUGGCCCAAUUAAUUGUAGAACGGAGUACUAUGUUCCAACACAUUAUACCUGCGAAUGGAGAUCUAUUACUGGGAUAUAAUAACAGUAAUUUCGCUGAAUGUCAGUUUCAAACUUUGAAAUGUCUCUUUGUUAUGUUCAAUAAUUAUAUUAUACGUCUGAGAGAACACAGAGAGCCAUAUGAAUGGACUGAAUAUCCAGAUUUACUUAUGGUUCAAUUCGAGGAUGGAGCGCAAUUGCCACUGCAUUUGAACAUAAUUCAUGCUUUCAUAAUCUUAUUAACUCAAUCCAGCAGUCAAAUGCCUGAAUCGCUUCCAAUUCUGGAUUACUGGUUUCCUCCAGGUCGAAGACCGCCAUCUGGCUUCUUACCGAAUAUGCCACAUGAAGCAGUGCAGUUAUUACCUGAUUGGCUUAAACUGAAAAUGAUUCGCUCUUCUGUUGAUCGCUUGAUUGAAGCUGCUCUCUUAGAUCUUACUCCAGAUCAAAUUGUUCUGUUUGUUCAAAACUUCGGAACACCUGUGAUUUCCAUGUCAAAGUUAUUAGCCUUAUUGGACCAUGCUGUGAAUGAGGAACUAGAACUAGUGAAAAAUGCAAUUCUUAACAAAGCUUAUUUAGCGCAGUUGAUUGAAAUUCAACAAAAACGAGGAGCUAAAAAUGGUCACUUUACUGUGAAAGCUCUGGAAUUAUACUCUCAUUCACAAACUGUCCCAGAUAAUCCCAAGCAAACUAAUACAGCUUUAGGCAUUCUAAACUUCGAGAAAAGCUUCCAACCUCUAGCACCUACUACAUCUCAUUAUCGAGUAAAUAAAGACAUUGAAGACAUAAUCGGAGAUUUAUGGAAAACUUCGCAAUAUAAUUACCAAAGCAGAUGCCGAUUUCGUAGGUUAGUUAAUCAUUUCCUUGAUAGAGAUUUAUUUUCAAUUAAAAAUCGUAGAGAACUUAUGACCAGUCAUUUGAAAAAAGGUUGGGCAUGCUUAAUGCGAAUUGUCGAGAGGUACAAGCGUUCAAUUUCCCAACAAACAACAUCGCAAAUAAAUCACACCUGCACACUUUUAAGAGUUCUUUUAAAACAAAAAUUUAUAACUUCGAAUGAGUUCAAUAUUGUAUUGGAUAAACUGAAAGAAUGUGAAGCCUUAUGGGAAGUAGAAAUUAAUUCGAAGGGAAAGACUUACGUGUUCAUAAAAAGUUUAUUCAAAAUAAUAAAGAGGAGAGAGAAUCAAUUUUUUCCAACAUCUUCAAAACCUUUCGGACUUAUAAAACGUAAACAGACUUUAGAUGACAUUCAAAUGUUAUUUAGUUUGAAAAAAGAGAAAAUAUCAGAGGAAGUGGAAUUUUUGUGCCAUUGUGGAUUAAUUGUCGAUCUGUUAUGUGAAAUUGAUCCGGAGUUCACAAAUUUACGUAAACAGAAUCAGAUUGGCCUCCUAUUUACAAAAAACUGUGCAGAUUUCCGUUUUCAUAUACUUUCUUUAAUAUGUCAUCAAACGAGUUGGGAUGCCGUACUUUUUACUUUGAAAUUAUUAAUGCAAGGAAUGCAACAAAAUAUUGAUUGUAGUACCUCUCUUAACUUCAUUGAAGCACUUCUUAAUAAUCCAAAACUUUGGCAAGGUCGAGACAAAAGUAUAUCUAAAACAAAUUUUCCAGAAAUAAUGUUUUUAUUAAAUGAAGGCGAGACGAAUGCUUUAAUUGGGUUUAUUAUAAAUGAGGCCGAUUCAGAUUCCCAUUCUAUUUUAGAAGUUAACGAUUAUAAAAUUUGCUCACGCAUUAGCCUCCUAUUUAGAGUAACAAGAAAAAACCAUAAAGAUAUUUCAAAAUUGAUAGAAUAUCUGUUCAGAAAAUCGUGCCCACAUUUGUUGAAGAUAAAAAUUAUUCACCAAAUGUAUCUUUUGCAUCCUUCCAUUCGCUUUAUGACAAGCAAUUUAAAAGAACAUGAAACGAAAAUAAAAACUUUAAGAGGCUGCAAAGCUGAUAAAGUAUCAAAUUAUCUUAUUACUUGUCUUGGAAAUCUAUUUCUCAGGAAGGAUUUCGAAACACUUUCUAGUGACAUUGAAAUGUUAAUAAGAAAAUUUGCUGCGUCGCACCCUAUCCUGUUCUUACGCCAAUUAGGUGUUUUGUCAUCUCUAAUACAAGGCAGAGCUCAAUUAGGUGUUCGCUUAUUGCGCGAAGAAUAUCACUUUCAUCGCUUUAUUCAAAUAUUACGCGCACUUCAAUUACUGCAGCCUAUGUUAUUUGAUGACAGUUAUAAAGCUGAAUUUCAAGCGGCAUUAGAGUGUUACUUUACAUUUUUUAAGCAUCACAGCUUUAUUAAAGAGUCAUAUCACAUAUUAAUAAAGUUUGUUGAACUACUACAAGCAUACAUCAAUUCUAAUCCCUCUAGUGCGCUGCUAUAUAUUGAAAAAUAUGUCGGAAUUUUAAUGGAAUUAUCAGUAAAAUUUAAUUCCAUAACAUCAUUGCAGCAACUUGUGCAAGGUAUAGCACUUUUACAGCAAAAAGGUAUAUCAAUAAAUGAGUUAAACGAUGACGAAAAUAAGCAAGAAUUCGAAUUGGAAGAACUCGGAAAUAAUAACAAUUUUAUUUCAACAGAUUGCGAUACAUCAGAAGCAAAUUCUACAAAUGUGUUCGAAUCUAAUAACAAAGGAGGAGUUCAAUUUUCCAUUUCUACACCAUUUACAAAAUCACUUACAUUGUCUCAACAUUUUACUGAUCUUAUAACUAAAAUUAAAAACUCUAGUACGGAAGAAACUAUAUUAGGCCCUUUACAAGAAAUAGAAAGCCUUACAUCUAAACGAUUUUCAUACUUAAACGAAGUGUUUGAUCGGCUUCUGGAACUAAUAUUUUCUCCUAGUGCACAGAUUCGCUCCAAUGCCUUUAUACUUUUAGUUCGCCAUUUGAAACAUAACCCUGGUCGUUCUGACAUUAAUCGAUGCACUCUUAAUGCAUAUAUUCAGUGCUUGAGGGAUCAUAAUUCAUCUGUGGCCACGACCGCUGUAGACAAUUUAGUUGAAAUGACACUCCUUUUGCAAGAGCAUACUGUUGAAAUACUUUCUGUGGCUUUCACUUUGGGAGUUAAAUCACAAUUAAAUACAAGUAUGCAGAUAAAACGGGUUUUACAAACACUAAUGUUACAACAUGGGUAUUAAAUAAAGAUUUUUUACUAUAAUAAGCGAAUAGAUUUGUACAAAUUGGAAUAAAAUAGACUCAUAAAUAAAUAUGCCUCUUUACCAAAAUUUUCAAAAUUUAAGAAUAGAAGAAGAGGUCUCUGAGAAGACUAUUUAUAAGUUUAUGUCAAUGUAUAAUUCAUUAAAAUAAAAUUAUUUUCAUUAGAUUAAAAAAUAAUAAUAAUUAAUGUUCUCUCUGCUGUUCUAUUUAUGGUUUUGGUUGGAAGUAGAAUCUGGUGAAUUUUUUAGCACAGAAAUCGCAAAAUCGGUUUCUAAUCAUCUUCCCUUUAUUUUGUAUAAAAACAAUUAAGGCUAUAUUUGUUUAUUUACUAAUGUUUGAAUUCUCGGUACAUGUUGAACUGGAAUGUAAUAACUUUAUUCACUUAUCGGUUGUUAUAUCUCAGUAUUUAGUUGGAGAUGAGGGCACUAUUCUAUAUCUCGAUUCGAAAGUAAAUUUAAUUUUUAGCACGGAGACAUAUUAAAAAUAUUUCCUUUGAAUUUCUCCAAAAUAUUACCUAUAUUUUCGGUAAAAAUUUUAUUAGAAUCGUUGAGGUCCUCAGGUUCCAUAUAUGGGAUCUUAAAAACUUAUGGUCCGAUUUCGGCGAUAUUUAGAAGGAAAGUUCUGUUCCGAUAUCUUCACUAGCGCUUAACUUAUAUAUUGGAAAGUAUACGAUUCAGACUGACUUCACAGUUCUUGUAUAUAGGAAGUAGGCGUGGUUGUGAACCGAUUUGGCCUAUUUUCACAAAACAUCAUUGGAAUGUCAGAAAAAUAUUGGUCGAGUAGUUUCGGAGAUAUGAUUUUUGACCCAUAGAUGGACGGAGUUACGCCCAUUUAAAGUUUUGUAUACCAAUAUGUGUGUAGCUUUUCUGUACCAUCUUUAUAAAGAAAUUUAAGGUUUUUGGAGUUUUUCCUUACUGAAUUAAUUCAUUUUUUGAAGUUUUCAACAUAACCUUGCAUGGGAGGUAGGCGUGGUUAUAAUCCAUCAAGUAAUACGUGUAUCAAGUUUCAUCAAGAUAUCUUAAGUUACAGCUUACACAGCCGGACGGACGGACAGACAGACAUUCAGAUUUGAAAACGGAACGCUGCCACGCCCACAAAAUGGCGAAAACCGAAAACACAUAAAGUUCAAUAACUAAGCCAUAAAAAAAGCUAUGGAAAUUUGGUACAAAGGAUCGCUCAGACGUUUCGGUCGCUUAAGGUUUUAAUUACGUACUUGUUAUACUCUCAUAACGGUUGUUUGUAACACCCAAAACUAAACGAGUUAGAUAUAGGGUUAUAUGUAUAUACCAAAGUGAUCAGGACGACGAGGCGAGUCAAAAUCCGAAUGUCUGUCUGCCCGUGCGUCCGUCUGUGCAAGCUGUAACUUGAGUAAAAAUUAAGAUAUCUUGAUGAAACUUGUUUCUUAGCAUCAUAGGAAGGUUGCUUUCGAAGAUAGGCAAUCUCGGACCACUGCCACGUCCACAAAAUGGCGAAAACCGAAAACACAUAAAGUGCCAUAACCAAGCCACAAAUAAAACUAUGGAAAUAAAAUUUGGUACAAAGGAUCGCACUAUGAAGGGGCAUAUUUGGAUGUAUUUUUUUUUGGGGAAGUGGGCGUGGCCCCGCCCUCAAAUAGGUUUUUUGUACAUAUCUCGCAAACCAAUAAAGCUAUAUAAACCAAACUUUCUGCAGUCGGUUCUAAAAGUGCGUUAACUCACUAAAAAACACGUCAGAAACACUAAAUUUUACAAAAUGGAAAAUGGGCGUGGAAUCGCCUACUUAUGGGUCAAAAACCAUAUCUCAGGAACUACUCGACAGAUUUCAAUGAAAUUCGGUAUAUAAUAUCUUCUUGACACCCUGAUGACACGUGUGGAAAAAAAUGGAUGAAAUCGGUUCACAACUACGACAACUUCCCAUUUAACUCAAUUUUGAAUUCCAUCUGAUUCCUUCACUUUAUAAGAUAUACAUAAGGAACCAAUGAAGAUAGCGAUAUAAAAGAGUACACAAAUACUGUAUAUGACCCGUGAUAUCACUUGUGGAAAAAGUGUCGAAAGCGGACUAUAACUUUUCAAUGCCCCGUAUAUCGAAUAUGAAGAACUCAGUGACUUAUGGUAAUUUUUCAGCGAAAAUAUCGGUAAAUCUCUCAGAUAUCUUAAUUUAAUUCGGAGGAAAUAUUUUUCUUCUAAUAGUGUGUCUCUGUAUCAGAAAUGGUUAUAAUCAGGUCAUAACUUCUCCCAGUUCUCAUAUAGCUAAUUAUAGGAUUUUCAAAAAUACGAUGGGCUUAAUAGCUUAUAAAUCGGGUAAUAUAUGAAAUAUCUUAGCCAAAUUAAAUGAGCAUAUAAUCUUAGAUAUAAUGUAUGUUGGUGAUGAAAAUGAGUUUAAUCGGCUCAGGAAUUACCUCAGCCCUCAUGUCUAUAUGUGAUUUUCGUUUUUCUAUUGGACUUUAUACCGAAUACAUGGGUCAAAUUGUGUGUCAUCUUAAUAAAAAUAUAGCAUAAAUUGCGAGAGUAUAAAAUGUUCGGUUGCACCCGAACUUAGCCUUUCCUUACUUGUUUUAUUUUAAAAAUCUUCCACAGAAGGUCAACAAAUUAAUUUACACACACGUAUAUACAUAUUUACAAUACCCCCUCUGCUCAGAAUAUAUUGUUAGUUUCAGGAAAAUAAACUGCACAGAUAAAUACCCGGUAGGAAAAAUUAGCGAAGACCCAUUAGGAAGUUUUUCGUUCCACGGAACUUUAAAAUUUUUGCGAGCCGAACUCAAAUAUAAUAGAAAAAAUUGAAGAUUUCAAGUUCUGUAUUUCGGAUUUAUUCGAAUACAUCGACGAACAUUACAACACCCAUUAAGUACCUCUACGACUAAGGAGAGGCAAGGUUUACUGAGGGCGAAAAGUUCGAUAGACCUACCGCGUUUUAUCUUAGGCCAGAAGGAUCUUGCGAGUUCGCAUGUGUUGGUAACUGACCAGCGCCUACCCAGCUCAGCCGAAGCCAUCUGUCCAUUAGCAAAACGCUAUAGGACAACGGUGCUCCCACAUGCAGCCACUUCCGCUUGAAAAACGCUGCAAUAAUCGGAUAGCCUGAAACUAAGGUUGAUGCGAAGCUCCCGACAGUAAACUCCCCCACCAACUUUUCCCGCCAACUUCGACCCAUCCGUGAAGAAGCUCACCGCGCCUCUCCUCCAACGACUCCUUUCCUCCCAAACGUCCAUUGAAGGAAUAAGAGCCGAGAAGUUAUAGCAGGGCUAUGCUCGGUGGCAUGGAGAUGAUCCAAUAAGCUCGGGAUGAAGUCGAAGUGUGCGAGGAUUCUUGAGUGCUCAGACACGCACUCGUCUAUAAACCCGGAUUCUCUAAGUCUAACCGCAGCUUUCGCGGCUAAGCACCUUCCUGCUAUGUCCACGUGCUAUUUGCAGUAAGGCGUUAAGUGCCAAGGUUGGUGUCGAUCGGAGCGUGCCACUCAUACUUACGAGAGCCGCUCGUUGAACAAGUUCUGCCCCUCCGGUAUUUUGUACCGUCUUGUGAACAGAACCAUUUCAGCUUUGCUUGGAUUAACGGAAUGGCCACAUUCUGCAGCCCAUUUCGUUACGACGCCGAGGUAACUUUGUGUAAGUUUAUACACAGUACCUAAGAAUUUCCCCUCAACUAUGUGAGCUACGUCGUCAGCGUAGGCUACCACCCGGCAGCCCCUCUAUGCAAGCUUCUCUAGCAGGUCGUUAACGACCAUGAUCCAGAGAAGAGGAGAGAGAACUCCUCCUUUGGGCGUUCCCCUGUUAACAGCACGGUGCACACGCGCGCUUCCCCAAUCCGCCACGAUAGUUCUAUCGCAGAGAAGGCUGAAAACAAGAUGCUUAAGGUUGGAUUCAACCCCGAACCUAUUCAGGGCUCCAAUUACCGCUUCCGGCAGAACAUUAUUGAAAGCCCCCUCUAUAUCAAGAAGGUUCCCACGGCAAAGUUUUUGUGUCCACUUUCUAUUACCGUCCUUGAGGUACCUCAAAAGGACGGGUUUCUUUGCGAGAAUGUUCCUGAAUCUAGAAGAUUCUCGAUUCCUAGUCUCGGACUUGUAAAUCGCCCAGCCGCACGCAGACGAGCCUUAUUGAAUAACCUACUGCUAGAUGCCCUAAUUUCAGAGAGCUCCGAAGCCCACCAGAAGGGUUUCCCUCGUCUCGUCUGGGAUCUCGUUUAACUACAACCAAAGGUCGAGAACUUCUGAAAGCUAUACAAGUUAUUGGAUGCAAUGUUAUUUCGACAAGGAGACCCACUUAUUGGGGGUAGGAGUGUUUCCCCUAUUACAAGCAAAAAGAUCUACAUCUACGAUGAAUUUUACGAUGUUGGAUUUUAAUCCGAGCUGCCCCAGAUUUGAUGUCGCGAGCUCGCGUCACAACAACAUGGGGGGUGGUUACACCUAGUCCUCAUGGGACAUAUAAGCUGAUAUCAGCCAAAGCCCUUCUUCACUACUCUCCAGCUUUGCAGUCACAACGUAAUUAGGCAAAAGCAACACUUUUAGUUCGGUUCGUACUAGCAUACAUGCUCUGGUUCUACCUGAUUCAUUGACCGCUAGCUCUUCUUCCUCAUUCCAGAAAUGCGGUUACUGCUCAGCCACGGUUCCUGGAUGAUGACGACGUCGACUCCGUUCUGUUCAAGACGGAGUAAUAGCUCUGCGGAAGCCGUCUUUGCAUGUUGGAUGUUAAUCUGGAGAAACUUCAUUCUCCGGACGCUUCUCCGAGAGCGCCAAGGGGCCUCCUGCUUGCCGCCGUAUCGCUCCACAAUAUUAGUGGCUAGACGUCGGUUCGACUUCAAUUUCCUAGCCGAAGUGUUUCGUUUUCUCUUCGGCCUUUUCAUUCCUGUGGAAACUCCCAUGAGGAGCCUCUGCUAGCGCUGGCGAUUUCGCCAGAAAACUCAGCCCCGUUGUGGUCAGCAAUUGGCAGGAUUCCGCCGACACCCCCCGUCCGUCCGUCAGUGGUUUUUCCAGAGACAGAUACCACGCUGGUCCUGUUAGACAACUUGGGAGGGGACGAUUACCCAGCAAGUUCCCACCCGAGACCGGGAUGGAUCCAGGUGUCGGUUCAGACUUCCUUUCACCUUUCACCUUCCACUGUACUUUUGUCGUUUUUGUUUGUUGUAUUGUUUUUGUUGUUGUUUUCAGUAUUCAUGUUAAAUGGGUCCCCACUCAGAGGCGAUAUCCAAGCCCCGAGAGGUAGUCGCCUUUGAUGGUCCCAAGGUUAUCUUCUCAACCAACAUCUACCACACCAACUGAAUGGUAAAUGGGGGAAACGUACUUCGAGGCCUGCCAUGGAUUUACGGGACGGAGGCGGUUGCGACAUUAACCCGCCAGCCAUUUCUGGUGUGUUACCACAUCAUACUCAGGAGACAGAAUGCCGCACCCACCAGCCCAGGAUUCAACCAAUUCAAACCAGGUGUUCCUACUCAUUGUAAGAAUUCGGGCCUAGGUCGUAAGGUCAAGGGAGGUUGGUAAGGCCGUGAAGGCCUCAUGUCAUUUGGCGUUCCCCAGGGUGCACCGUUAGGAGGCGACCCGCACUACAUCUCUAUAUAUAUAUAUAUCAACCCAAAACUUAGCAACAUGGAGAGAUUCUUUCAUCUUGUUCAAAAAACCCGAGUAGAAGCAAGAGACAUAGUUAAAAACGGCCCUUUAAUAAAUGAUGGUUUCGUGAUGGUCUGGAGGGACCUAGUAUUCUUCUUCUUGACUGGCGUAGACACCGCUUACGCGGUUAUAGCCGACUCCCCAACAGCGCGCCACGCAUCUCACCUUUUGGCGCCAAUUGGUAAUACCAAGUGAAGUGCCGUCUCAUUGGAUGUUGACAUCGUCCACGCUUCUGCGCCAUAAAGUAAGACGGGAAUGAUGAGGGACUUGUAGAGCUUGGUUUUUGUUCGUCGAGAGAGGACUUUACUUUUUACUUGCCUAUUGAGUCCAAAGUAGCACGUGUUGGCAAGAGCGAUUCUGCGUUGGAUUUCAAUCCUGGUCAGAUGUAGAUUUUCCAGGUCUAAAGCCACACUGAUAAGGUCCAAAUCAAAAUCCUGGGUCGGGCAAUGGAACAUCUGUUCCAUCGUCGUCGAUUGGGGAAUCGGGUCCGCCAUCUCCUGGUGUUGUACUUUCACUGCCAUUCAGCAGGUUGGAGAAGUGUUCCCUCCACAAACUCAGUAUACUCUGGUCAUCAACAACUAGAUCACCUCUGGUGGUCCUACAGGAGUGUGCUCCGGUCUUGAAACCUUCAGUUAGUCGCCGGAUCUUGUCGUAAAAUUUUCAAGUAUAACCCUUGUCCGCCAUCUUGUUAAGCUCUUCAGGCUCAUGCAUUUCGGCCUCUUUCUUUUUUUGUCUGCAAAUGCGUCUCGCUUCCCUCUUCUGCUCCCGGUAUCUGCGAGACGAUAAUCCUCAUCAUACCAGUUGUUUUUUUUUAAUUUCCGAAUGCAAAUAGUUUCGGUUGCAGCUGUACGUAAGGAGCUUGAUAUGCCGUCCCACAGUUCCCUUAUACAGAGAUGCUGAUGAGUUCUCUCAAAAAGUAGGAGUGCAAGUCGAGUAGAAAACCGCUGUCGGUUGUGAUUUCAGCUUCUCAAUGUCGAACCUUCCUUAUGUUUGUUGACGCUUUCUACACAGAAGCGGGUGCGUAUCUUGGCUGCUAGAAGAUAGUGGUCCGAGUCGAUAUUAGAACCUCGGAGCGUAUGCACAUCAAAAGCACUGAAGACAUGUCGUCCAUCUAUCUCAACACGGUUCGAUCUUAUGCCGGAAUCUAGCACUACAGACGACCAAAUUUCAGGCCACGGCGAAGACGAUCAGUCCCAGCACAUUUGGCGAUGAAUUUUCCGACUGUUGUGCCAAAGACACCUUCUUUACCCACCCUAGCGUUGAAAUCGACAAGCACGGUUUUGACAUGGUGGCGGGGUCAGCGUUCAUAGGCACGUUCUAAGCGUUCAUAGAAAGUAUCUGUGAUCACUUCGUCCUUUCCUUCCGCCGAGGCGUAAGCGUAAAUAAGCGAUAUGUUAAAGAACUUCGUUUUGAUGCGGAUUGUGGCUAGACGUUCAACUACCGGAGUGAAUGCCAGGACUCGACGACGGAGUCUCUCUCCCACCACGAAUCCCACACUGAAUUUGCGCUCUUUUAUAUAACCGCUGUAGUAGAUGUCACAAGGUCCCACCUUAUUCCGUUCUUCGCAUUUAUUGGAUGGCGAGGACAUCAACUAGCUGGGCAGAGGCACCUUCUUAAUUAAGGGUCCGCACAUUCCAGGUGCAUGCCCUUAAAUCGUAGUCUUUAGUACGUUUGCAGUGGUCGUCAUCAAAAUUGAAGUUCCUUAUCCGAGGCUGUUGCUUCCUUUUCAUUGCGGGUGUUUUUUUAUGUGGUGGGUCCUAAACCCCACGCACAACCGCAUAAACGGGAUUCGCCUUCUCACUUUAGCUUGCCUCCAAACGGAUGUCUGUUGGCUACUCAGAGGAUACUUGGUCUCACACCGGAAGUCGUGAACUGCUUGAGCCACAUGCAAAAUAAUCCUUCCUGGCCACACCCAAGUGAAUGAAAGUCAGAAACUUUCCUCACUUACGUGAACUUCUACAUAUGAUUCCAUAACAAUAUCUACAACAGUUAUCAAAACUUGCGAACUCACCCUUCGAUCAUCAACAAAAAAGUAAUUUCAAUUAACAACCCACGAACUCAUCUUAACAACUUUAAUCGAUUAUUUACCCAAUCACCUACUCGACUCAACAAUUGUCGAUGCAAAAUUCGGUUUUAGUUUAGCGGACCCAUACUUCUAUAAGCGUCGACAUCAUUAUUGGAAGUGAUUUGUAUCCACAAAUAGUACUCAGUGGAGUACAAAGAAAUGUUUUUGGGACACUAAUAGCCCAAGAAACAGAAUUCUGCUAGAUUCUGUUUGGACCUACUCCUUCAAAACCCAUCUCACCCUCAAUAAAGUCAUUCUUAAACAAAAUGACACGAACACUUUGAAAAGCCGCUCUUCUGGCAAAAUUUAGUGUAUGCGACCCUACGCAAUCAACUUUGUAAGGACUCUACCAUUGCAAGCCCCUCACGCACAACCCUUGUGCCCCAAUGAGGAUAUUCCAAUGCAUAUAAAAUCACAAGACCCAUACACAACGUUGGAAAUAACUCUCGACGAUUACAAAACGACCCAUUCGAAGCUAAAUAUUUAACCCGAAGAAAGUUCUUCCAAGAGGUGUAUGACUUUUGACCCAAAGAACGAACACAUCCAGGAAAUGUUCUAUUUGACUCUAGACCCUUUAAUCGACACCAAUGGAAACAUGCGAGUUAAUGGUCGGUUGAGCUAUUCAAUCCCACUAUCACAUAACCCAUGUCUCACGACUCAUACGGAUGGAAAUUUGAAUACCGAGACCCACAUCAAGUCCACCAACCAUCACUGCAAAAGUUACGUAUGACACAAGAAAAGUGAAAUACAAAACAGACAAAGACACCGUGAUCGCACAAAACCCCGCACGGUUGGACAAUAACCGGUGCUUGUGCGAUUUAGACCCCAAGGACAAUCACUCACUAACCCAUAUAAGAACCUUUAACUAAUAAUUUUUAUUCGCAGACCCUGCAAGGUCUAAACUCGUAUAAAUACGAAUUAGAGGACAAUACAGAAAUGCAAUAACGAAAAUGCAACAAGAAUAACAAUACAAGGAGAAAGAAGGAAGUGAGUAAACACGGACGGACAGAAAGCGCCAAACCGGAUCACCUCAGGAAACCAACAACCACAACAGAGGAUCAUCAAAUCAUCGCGGGAUUACCCACCCAUACAAAAGGUUAUAUUUAUAAUCAUUGUAUAUAAUUAAUCCAUUGUAUGAUCUACUAAUCAACAUACAUUUAAACCCACUCAUUUAUAUAACAAACACACCCCCCUGCUGUAAUAGGAGUUUGCCCCCAACAACUGCGACUCCUACAAUGCAACCGCAACGGACUCCAGAGCAUCAAUGCAAGAGAUAAUACCAGAUCAUGUCAGGUUAUAGCUAUCCGGCGAUGUCGACCUCGAAAUAUUUAAUAUAUUUGUACAUCCCCCAGUUACUUGUUGAACAACAGUAUAUAGCCCGAAUAUUAGAGCGCUACUUCGUUUCAGCAAACGACCGCGACAAAACGGACGAAAGGAUCGAGUUGAAAUUCAAUUUGAUGGACCUGCCUCCUUGGACCGGAGAGGUGCGCAAUCUAUUUUAGGCUAAAAAUGGCCUAGGCGGAAUUACAAUCUAAUGUUAAAGGACUUAUGUUGACGGGAGUAGAAUUUUUCAAAAAGCUAACCACUCUUUAAAUACCCGAAAUGGGGAAAAUCGGAAGAAUGUUCCCACUGCUGAAAUCGGGGAAACCCGCCAACUCAGCGGUGUCCUGUAGUGAAGACACUUAAGGCCUUGUUACCACCGACCUUCACAUAUCACCUCAACCUAGCGGAACAUCAAACACGGUUAAAAGCCUUUGACACGGUCAACCUCACAACUUUACCAAAAAAACAUCGAGCAAACAAUACUUUCUCCGAGGCUUAAAAGCUACAUGAGCGGUCGGCAAUUUUCCGUAUUAUUUCGACAGGACAGCGUUCUCUCCCUGCUACUAUUUAAUUUCUAUAUUUCCAAGCUCGCUCAAACACCAGAGUGAAUUUUAGAAGAGGAAGAUACCUACGUGCCAGAAUACCGCACUCAGUCACAGGAUGUCUGGUGAAGCACACCUACAUAAUACUAACUGCAAAGGAUCAUAACGAACUGCUGACCAAGCGUUUCUACUGGAUGAAAAAAGUGAUAAUUAUUAAUAAAAGUCAAAAUGGACAAAAGUAAAGUAAUAUUUAUUUGUAAUAUUUCAAUUAAUUUAUAUAUUGACAUUUUACCGAUUAUUUUAAAUGUAUGCUGUUAGUAGUUUUUCUGAUCAGUUUAAAGAUUAUUUUCUUUUUUUACAUUUAUUACGUCCUUUACGCCUUCGGCCAGAAUUUUUAGAAGUUUUGCAGUUUUUUGGUUUUUGUGGUGUAACAGUUUGAGUUGAUCCCUUCGCUAUACGAUUU